AGGACACAAUAUUUUUACUUAAGGAACCAUUCACCAAAAUGUGCAGCAAAAAUGCAGCCAAUGUGGAGGAAAUGCACACAGGUUACCUGUACAAGUCCCCUCCUGCUGUUUUCAUAAAAAAUAUGAUAUCAUGGAAGCGUCGCCUUUUUGUGCUUGCCAAGACAGGUGACAGCAACUAUGAGCUAAGAUAUUACAGAAAUAAUAAGAAAGACAAACCUAUAAAAUCCAUAGAUGUUUCCAGCAUUACAGAACUUGAUUGCCCUAAAGAGCAUUCUUUUAUUGAAUGGAUCUGUAAAGCCUUCAAGUGUACACCAUCCUCUGUGCUGUUCAUGAAGGCAGAAAAUCCUAAAGACAAGGUUCAAAGAGAGUAUUUCUUCAUAGGAGAAACCAGUAAAGAGGCAGAUGGAUGGUUCAAUGCCUUACUUCAGGUGCUGAAGCAUAAUAAAUACAGCUCUGAUUCUGUACCAUGGAACAUGACUGAAUUAAAUUCUAGACAGAUCAGUUCUACAUCCAAACCUGUACCACUGAACAUUAAUGAACCCAAGUCUACUGAUGACAACUCAGACGAUAGUGAUCAGAGUGGAGGUGAUUGUGUACCACCACUGCCCCCCAAAAGGAUAUCAGUACAUGAAUAUGGUAAAACUGAGAACCAUAGAUGUGACCAACAACACAGGAGGCAACCAUCCACAUUAGAGGAAGUGGAUCAUACUGCAGGGGAAAGCGGCAAAGAUAUCAAAUUAUCAUCAGGGGAAAGGAAUAGUCUUCUGGAUUGUGUCACGAAAGUUUUUAAUGAUAUGCAGACAUACCAAAAAUCUGAUGAGGGGAAAGAAACCCUGAGUGAAACACAGACCACUAAGGAGAUCUGUUUACGUCUUGAUGAUCUCCUGGGCUUGAAUUUAACAGAGGAAGCAGGAAAACCAUGUGUAUCUGAAUGUGAGCAGACUGAGGUCACAUGUCUACUCCAUAAGGGGGAUCAGAUCGUGGCUGUCAAUGGCCUGCGAACAGACACAGUGGAGGACGUAAAGUCAUAUCUGGGAAAGAUUAACGGACAUGAGGUAAAACUGACAAUUCUACAACACCCAAAUUCUAACCCUUUGCACUCUGAAGAAACCGAGGACAUAGUUUAAAUGACCUGAUCUUAUUUCAGGGUACACAUCUGCUCUGCCAUAAUCAUUUUUUAUGAAAAUGUUUAUGUUUAGCUAUUAUGUAUUAGAUACAUUUUAAGUGGGUAUUAUGUGAGGUCCUUCUAUGAAUGUGGACAAUCUUUGUUUUUGUUUGUAAAUGGACAUCCUUGUCUCUGUGCCCUUAAAUCACAUUGCUGUUAAUGAAUUUACACAAGAAUACUAUAACAAUUUGGAUAAAAAAAAUAUUACGGAUUACUUACAAUAAAUAAAUGCUGGAAUAGCAUUACAGAAAUACUGAACUAAAUACAGUACCACUGUAGACAUUAACAGUGAUUGUGAGAAAGUUUUGUGAGCCAUUGCACUAGUUCAACCACAUGGUGGCGCUUUGAUCUUCUUGCAGUUUUUGUUUUGUUUUUUACGGAUAGUAAAUUCUUACCAGUGAUUCUACAAUUACGUCUUAUCAUGAUUUCUAUUUUUGGGAGGGUGUAGGAUAUUCUGUUUAACACUGUAUGUUUUUAUAAACUGACUUUUUGCAUAAUGCUGAGUUUGAUAUUUUGAUACAAAAUGUGCCUUGUUGAAUUAAUAAACAACACUAACAAAAUAAUUCUUUGUCUAAGAGGAAUAAUAUUAAAAAUGUGUCAAAACAGCCAGGAAUAAAUGUGUCAUCUUUCUUAAUGACAAAAAUACGAAUG